GUGACCGAAUCAGCAAAGAGUACAGCGGAGCUGCUUUACGAGGUGGGAUUUGGAGAAGUUGCCCAGGAUGCCCGGACCCGAAAGGCUCGGCGGAGUUUUCCGCGUUUUGUGCCUGUGUGCCGUGUUUGAAGCGGCAUGUCUGCUGGACGCCGGCAUGCUCUUUCCCCGGGAGUCUUCCUCCCGCGAGGUGAAGGAGCUGAACGGGCUGUGGAACUUCAGGGCUGACGGCUCCUCAAACAGGAACCAGGGCUUCGAGAGGGCAUGGUACAAAAGUCGCCUUGCAGAGACUGGCCCAGUGAUCGACAUGCCAGUUCCUGCCAGCUACAAUGACAUCACCCAGGACCCCGCAGUGAGAGAUUUCAUUGGCUGGGUUUGGUAUGAGAGAGAGGUUGUGGUGCCUGCCCGCUGGAUCGUCGACGAAGGAACCAGAGUUGUGAUCAGAGUGGGAAGUGCUCACUAUUAUUCAGUCGUGUGGGUGAAUGGGGUGAAAGUGACGGAGCAUAAAGGUGGCCAUCUUCCUUUUGAGGCUGAGAUAGGGGCUGUAAUCCGCAAGGACCCAACUCAGCCGUGCAGGAUCACCAUCGCUGUCAACAACACUCUGUCUCUGGACACUCUUCCACCAGGAACCAUCCAGCACAUGACUGACCGCACCAAGUACCCCGAUGGAUACUUUGUGCAAAACAUCUACUUUGAUUUCUUCAACUAUGCCGGCAUCCAUCGCCCUGUAUUGCUGUAUACUACUCCCAAGGCUUAUGUGGAUGACAUCACCGUGGUGACUGACUUCUUGAAUAACACUGGCCUCGUCAAUUACAAGGUGUCCGUCCAAGAUGCCACCUCAGCCUCCCUGAAGGUCACUUUGAUGGACAAAGAUGGCCGCUGUGUGGCCUCCUCCAGCGGGCCGUCUGGAGUCCUCAAAGUAACGGAUGUCAAUUUGUGGUGGCCGUACUUGAUGCACGAGAACCCAGGUUACCUUUACUCUAUGGAGGUUCGCUUAAUGGCAGCCGAUGAGAGAUCUGCGUACGAGGAUGUGUACACUCUACCAGUUGGUAUCCGCACAGUCAACGUCACCAGCACCCAGUUCCUCAUCAACAACAAGCCCUUCUACUUCCAUGGAGUCAACAAACAUGAGGACUCGGACAUUCGAGGUAAAGGCUUGGACUGGCCCCUCAUUGUCAAGGACUUUAACUUGUUGAAAUGGUUGGGGGCCAACUCGUUCCGCACCAGCCACUACCCCUACGCAGAGGAGAUCAUGCAGAUGUGUGACCGCCACGGCAUCGUGGUGAUAGAUGAGUGCCCGGGCGUGGGCAUCAAAGACAUUCGCAGUUUCGGAAACGCGUCCCUGGCCCAUCACCUGGUCGUCAUGGACGAGCUUAUACGUCGGGACAAGAACCACGCCUCUGUGGUCAUGUGGUCAGUAGCCAAUGAGCCGGCUGCAGAGAUGGCCCCUGCUGACUUCUAUUUCAAGACCUUGAUAAAACAUACCAAAGAUCUGGAUCCAACCCGGCCCGUCACUUUUGUCACAAACAGUAACUAUGCCAGGGAUAAAGGGGCUCCCUAUGUGGACGUCAUCUGUGUAAACAGUUACUUCUCCUGGUACCAUGAUCCGGGCCACCUAGAGGUCAUCCCCAUCCAGCUCAACACUCAGUUUGAGAACUGGUACAGAAAGUACCAGAAACCCAUCAUCCAGAGCGAAUAUGGAGCAGAUACGGUGCCGGGGCUUCACAGUGAUCCACCCGUGAUGUUUACUGAAGAGUACCAGAAGCAAGUCCUGCAGAGCUACCACAACGUGUUCGACCAGAAGAGGAAGCAGUACGUCAUCGGUGAACUCAUCUGGAACUUUGCAGACUUCAUGACUUCACAAGGGAUCAUGCGUGUCGUGGGGAACAAGAAGGGUGUUUUCAGCAGGCAGAGGCAGCCCAAAGCGGCAGCGUUCAUCCUGAAGGAGAGGUACUGGAGACUGGCCAAUGAAACGGGCCGACUACCUCCUUGGACCAAGUACCCCUGCUCACUCCGACACCCGGUCCAGGACAGGCUCGAUUCCAUGUAAACUGUGUGCCUUAAUGGAAAACAUGCUGGUAAAAUGAUGUACGUUUCUUGAGGCAGUUUGGUUUAAUGAUCAAACCACCAUGACAUUCAGCUCCGCUUCUCUUAUGGUCUGCAGUUUUGAACUAAACCACUGACCUUUUAUAGAACGUUUUUUCCAGCUUUAAUGAUAAUUAUGUUGGUGAUAUUGUUUUCUGAGGAUACUCAUGACUAACUGUGUCACACUUUAUUUAGUUGUUACAGGAUUUUCUGAUACAUAUUCAUGUGUGUGGCAGGGCUUUCCACUGCUGUCAUAGAAGGGUCACGGUCAAAAUCCUUCAUCCCCGGUUAGCUUUGACCUUUCUUCCAAUCAGGUGAUACGAGUUCAGAGAAGAAAUGCCACAUUACAAGCUAACAGUAAAGGAAGGGAGCUUCUCCUGUUCCUUUUUACCACGUGUUUGGGGACAGCUUCUUAAAUAAAUGCAUAAAAUAGUGUUUUAGCAGUUUGAUACAACAACUUUGUUGGAAGGCGCCAUCAUUUCUGAGCAUGUUUCAGCUAAGUGCUUAAUACAUGUACUGUUAAUGUGAAUUGCAAUGCUGAAUCCAAUCAUAAGCGUUUUAUUUUUAUAUGUGAAAAUCAAGAGAGAUUUGGAUAUGAAUCAAAGCUAUUAAAGACAAAACAUGUCCUCAA